AUGACGCAAAGCGCUUCAGACACGUCACACGUAAUGAGAGUGAAGUCCGCGAGGGUCCGUGUCCCGACAGAGCCCGUUAGAGUCCGGACCGGAGCUCAGACGGUUCCUGCUGCAGGAUGAGUGCAUUCCUCCUCCUCCUCCUCCUCCUCAUUCUUCUCCUCCCGGUGGACUCCCAGCUCCUCCUCCCAUCCUCAGGGUCUUCAGGUUCCUCAGUGUCCUCAGGAUCCUCAAGGUCCUCAGGGUCCUCAGGGUCAUCAGGGUCCUCAUGGUCCUCAGGAUCCUCAGGGUCCUCAGGUUCCUCAGGGUCCUCUGGACUGUAUGGCAGCCUGCAGUCUCCGGACUUCCCAGACCCGUACCCCAGAGAGACCUCUCUGCGCUGGAACAUCAGCGUCCCCCCCGGCUUCCAGGUCCAACUCUACUUCAGCCACUUCGACCUGGAGCCGUCCUACCUGUGUGAGUACGACUACAUCAAGGUGGAGGCGGAGGGGGAGGUGCUGGCGUUGUUCUGUGGAAGGGAGGAGACGGACACGGAGGCGGUGCCGGGUCAGCAGAUCAUCACCUCCCCCAGAAACUCCCUCAGUGUCCUCUUCACCUCCGACUUCUCCAACGAGGAGCGAUACUCUGGAUUCAUGGCCCACUACAGCGCAGUGGACGUAGAUGAGUGCAGCGACCGGAGUGACGAAAACCUCCUCUGUGAUCAUUUCUGUCACAACUACAUUGGAGGAUACUACUGCUCCUGUCGCCAUGGUUACCUGCUGCACUCAGACAACCGCACCUGCAGAGUGGAGUGCAGUGACGGUGUUUUCAGGGAACGCUCCGGCGUUCUGAGCAGCGUUGAUUUUCCCUCUCCAUACCCGAAGAGCUCAGACUGUCUGUACCGGAUCGAGGUGGAGCCGGGCUUCAGGAUCCGCCUCCAGUUCGAUCCCCGCUUCGACGUGGAGGACCACCCCGAUGUCAGCUGCCCCUACGACCAUGUCAAGGUGACGGCGGGCAACAGUGAGUUCGGCCCGUUCUGUGGAGAUCAAUCACCGGGACUGAUCGACACCGACAGCAACAACGUCACCGUCGUCUUCCACAGCGACAACUCUGGAGAAAACCUUGGCUGGAGGGUCACAUACACAGCGACAGGAAGUCAGUGUCAGGUACCUGAAGCCCCACCCCAUGCCCUGCUCAACCCUGUCCAAUCAGAAUACUCCUUCAAAGACCACAUCCUGGUUACCUGUGAGCCUGGAUUCAGACUGCUGAAGGACGAACAGUACCUGGAUCACUAUCAGAUGGACUGUCAGUCUGAUGGAUGUUGGAGCAGCAGCCCUCCUCACUGUCAGAUGGUGGACUGUGGGAGUCCAAAGGCGGUCGCCAUGGCUGACGUGGUGUUCGGUAGUCACGACAACAGCACCCUGUUUGGAUCGACAGUCCACUACGUCUGCAGGGGGGACGCCUUCCAGCCCAACAUCAGCAACAGUUCAUACAGUUGUGGGUCCAGUGGAGACUGGACCAGUCCAGAAUCAGGCACCCAACUGCCCAGCUGUCUCCCAGCCUGCGGCCGUCCGUCCCGCUCUCUGCCCCCUCAGGUGAAGCGGAUCGUGGGGGGUCGCAGUGCCGAACCCGGUCUGUUCCCCUGGCAAGUUCUGCUCAGUGUAGAGGAUCUGUCCCGGGUCCCUGAGGACCGCUGGUUUGGCUCCGGGGCCCUGCUGUCCGGUUCCUGGGUCCUCACGGCCGCCCACGUUCUUAGGUCCCAGAGGAGGGACACCAGUGUGGUCCCUGUGGCCCCCGAACACGUCAAGGUCUUCCUUGGUCUCCAUGACGCUUCAGACAGGUCUCUGGCCUCGAACCGUUCGGUGCAGCAGAUCUUCCUCCAUCCAGACUUCCAACCCAACAACUACAACAACGAUGUGGCCCUGCUGAGGCUGACGGAGCAGGUGGAGUUUACUGAGCUCAUCCGCCCCGUCUGUCUCCCCCCACCCCACAGCCAGGAUGACCCUCCCACCCCUCACCCGAACUCUCUGGGUGUAGUUGCUGGUUGGGGAAUCUCCAACCUCAACUCCUCGUCCCCCGGCAGCGACCCCCCCACGCUGACCUCUGACCUUGGGAUGACCUCUGACCUCCUGCAGUACGUGAAGCUGCCGGUGGUUCCUCAGGACGAGUGUCAGGCGAGCUACGCCUCGCGCUCCGUCAGCUACAACAUCACCGACAACAUGUUCUGCGCUGGCUUCUUCGAGGGGGGGCGAGACACCUGUCUGGGGGACAGCGGGGGGGCGUUUGUGAUGGAGGACGGGGUCAGCCAGAGGUGGGCGGUGUUUGGGUUGGUGUCAUGGGGCGGGCCGGAGGAGUGUGGCAGUCAGAGGGUGUACGGCGUUUACACCCGAGUGGCUAAAUAUGUGGAGUGGAUACAGACACAUGCUGCCCCCUGGUGGUGAUCACUGAGUACAUUCACUGCAGUACAUGUUGUACUUAUAUACUAUAUAUAUAUAAUAUACUGUCAAAUAUCAACAGACCGACAGAGCCAGUUACUGUUAGUAUCACAAUAUUAAAGUAACUGGAUUACUUUCUGUAACACCAAAUACACACAAGAGAAAUAAAUAUGAUCAGGAUGACUUUUAGAAACAUUAAUAUAGAAGCAGAACAAUGUGACAGGAUCCAAAGAUAAAAGAGACACAGAGUCACUUCUUAAGUUAGCUAAUGUUAGCAAAGCACAAGCUAAUUAGUUUGCAUUUUGCUAACAUUAGCUAACUGAAGUUGUGAGUGUAUCGGUCCCUCCAGGAUAUUGUGGGCUGAUUUUGUGGCAGCCUUUCUAAAACGAUUGCGCUGCAUGUUGUGAUGGUGAACAUCGUGCAAGCUGAGAAAAAUAACUGUGAUUGUUUUGUAUAAUUCAUUAAAAAUCGAAGGAAACUGUAGUCUGGUGACUCAGUGGAUCAGCGUUUGUGUAGGAAACUACCAUGUCUCUUUUAUCUUUGAACCAUCUCCAAAAUGUGGUUGUCUUUUCAACAUAGAUUAGCCUAGCAUAGCAUAUCUGAGUGCAGGAAAGGAGGAAGUUGUUCAACUGUGAUUGGAGCGCAGAGCAAAAAGGGGCGGGGCUUAGGAAGGGUGCAUGGUAAUACCUCGUUCUUUAUUUUAAAAUUGUAAACCUUCUAAUAAUUACUAUUUUUACUAAAUGUAUUUGUAAUCUGAUUACUUUAACAGAAUGCAAGUUAACUUUCAUUAUCAAUGUAAUCUGUUACUUGUUGAUCAGAUAUGAGAGCUAUUGUUACUGUGUUAUUAUAUUUUACACUUGAAUGUAUGGAUUAUAUAAAUAAUAAACACUUUUUGCAAAGAAAAUCAAA